AUGUCGGGCGGACGAAAAUCGCCGAAGCGUCGGACUUCGAGCGGCUCGAAGCUGCGCAAAACCGGCUCCGGAAUCAUGACGUUUUUCGGUCUGAAGAAGAAGGACGACGAUGGGGAAUCGAACUCGAAUCGCGAGAGGAACGAGAAGAAGAAUGUGAAGAAGAAAAAGGGCAAAACGACCAGGAGAAGGCAGUCGGCUCAGACGGAAAAUGAGAAGGAGAAAGAGAAGGAUAAGGAGAAGGAUAAAGAAGUAAGUUGACGUACCUUGGCCUGUGCCUUGACUAUAACCUACCCUACUCUGUCCUACCCUACCCUAUCCUACUCUACCCUACCCUACCCUACCUACCCUACCCUACCCUACCCUACACUACCCUAUCCUACCCUACCCUACUCUACCCUACCCUACCCUUCUCCACUCUACCCUACCAUACUGUACUCUCCCUGAUUAUAAAUCAUUGUUUCAGGAAGAAGACGUGACCAAAUCCGAAGAAGACCCCAAAGAACCGCCUCAUACCAACUGCAAUCGUAUCAUCGUGCCGAAAGAGGUUCGCACUCCACCGCCUGAACGUACCACCGCCGCUACCGAACAUAUUGGAGAAAUCAAGAAGUUGUACGAAGAAGGCCAGGCUGUUAUGGACUUUGAGCAAAUCAAAACGGCCGCUAAGGAGUUUGCUUUGGUAGGGCAUCUUGCAAAAUUGUUUAUCUUGAAAUGAAAAUUUUUAAAAAUAUUUAAAUUUCAUUUAAAAAAAUUGAAUUUGGAGCUUCUUUGGCUAAUAUAAAGUAUUUUUUUCAGAACGCAGCCAAAUUAAUGCCCAAAGGUGCAGUGGAUGAAUAUCAAGCGGAGCUGAGGAAGUACGCCGUCCCCGGCUUUAGCACUAAAGCCUUUACGAAAAAUAUUUCUAAAAACAGAUACAGGGGUAAGUCGUUUUACAAAAUCUACUUUUACUGACGUUUUUUCAACUUUUCUUUCUGGAAAAAAAGUUGAACGUGGUCCCCCCUGUGGAUUUUUUGAUGAUAAAAGUUAUUUUUAAAAAUUAGUGCUAUAUAACAUUUUUAUAAUAAAUUGGUGAUUUUUUAAUGUUUUGUGACUAAGACUGUACCAUGUGACAAUAUUCGCAAUUAAAAAUUUAAAAAAAACUUUGUGGAAAAAAAAGUUGAACGUAAUUUUUUUUUUGAAAACAUGUACUAAAUAAUUUUUUUUGACUAGCUGAAAUUUUUUUUAUUGUUUUUUGACUAACACUGUACUAUGUGAUGGGAUUUGCAAUAAAAAUUUUUUAAAAAAAUUUUGGAAAGAAAGUUGAACUUGGUCACCCCUGUAGAAGUUUUUGAUCAAAAUUUUUGUUUCUAAAAAAGUGAGGUUAAAUCAUACAUUUUUGACUAUCCAGCAAUACAGUAUUAUUCAUCGUACUCUUAUUAGUAUAAUAUUACCAAUUAUACUUUAUUUAGUGUCAUCCAUCACCAUUUUAUUUCAUUUAGUACAGUCUUGUAUUGACUUUUAAAUUUUUUCAUUUUCAGACGUCCCAUGCUGUGACAACGAGCGAGUAGUCCUUCAAGACACGUGUUGUGGUGACUAUAUUCAUGCGAAUCACAUUCGAGGCCCUCCGUUAAACUCAAACCAACACUUUAUCUGCACUCAAGGCCCCACAGCAUAUACGGUGUCCGACUUUUGGCGAAUGGUAAAACAAGAAAACGUCCAACAGAUCAUAAUGUUGUGUGAGACGGUGGAGGCCAAAAAGACCAAAUGCUUACAAUAUUGGCCGUUGUUCGAUGAGGAGGUGAUGAAACUAACUGAUGCUGCCAUUACUGUUACAAACAAGGGACGAUACAUUCAUGAACCGGGUAAGAAGAGGGAGGAGAGUAGAGUAGGGUAGAGAAGGGUAAGGUAGACAGUAGUACGGUCGGACAAGCGAUAGCACGAUGAGGUUAAAGGUGACACUGUGAAGUUAAAAAUGCACGGAAAAGUUAGAGACAGCACGGGAAAGGAAAACGACAGCAGGGUAAUAGUACUGUAGGAUGAGAGACAUUACGUUAGGGCUAAGAAUAGUAUGUUAGAGUAUACAAUAGUACGGCAAGGCAAAAAGAUAAAUAGUACGUUGGGAUAGAGCAUGGCAGAGUAGUGUAGGGCGCAGUAGAGUAGGGUACGGUAGGCUACAGUAGAGUACAGUAGGCAACAGUAGGGCAGAGUAGGUUACGGUAAGCUAUAGUAAAAUAAAGUAGGGUAGGGUAGGGUUGGUUAGGGUAGGGUAGGGUAGGCUACGUUACGGUACAAUACAGUAAUAUACAGUAAGGUAACUUCAUUUUAGGUACAAUAACCACAGUAUUGCAAGUAAAAGACACCAAGAAGGAUCAAAGUUAUCACAUGUUUCACCAUCAAUGGAAGCUAUGGCCGGAUCGUGGUGUACCAGACACGGCCGACGUUCUACUAAGACUGCUCCAACUGGCCAGGGCUUGUCCAUCGGAUAUGUCGGUUGUGAUUCAUUGCUCGGCAGGUAUAGGAAGAACUGGCACGAUUAUGGCGGCCGAGAUGGGAAUCCAAUGCUUUUUACAAAAUAAGACACCUAAUGUACUGGAAAUUGUCAAGACUUUGAGGGGUAAGUUGGGGGUUUUUGGGUUACGGCAGGGUUAAUACAUGUAUAUUAUCAGCGUAGGGGUUCAGUAGUACCUAAGUGGAAUUAGAGUACUGUAGGAUCAUUUGUAGAGUCAGGCAGACCAAAUGAACCACUAUACAGGGUGCGCCACAAGUUCUGUUACAAAACUUACCGGUCGUUUUCUCUAUGUUAUAUUAGGCUGAACCAAAAGUAGCGGGACACUUUUCAUUUGUCAACUAAAAAGUGUCCCACUACUUUUGGUUCAACCUAAUACCGUAAUUUACCUUAAUUUUCAGAAAAACGAGCCCAAGCCGUCCAAACCUACCUACAGUACGCGUUCGUCUUCAAAAUCCUCCUCUGCUGGCUGGAAAAGACGAAUCCAGACGCCGAAACCUCGAAAGCAAUCCAAGACUUUUUGGGCACCUUCCAAACAAUCGUCUGCUACAUUAAGCACGGCGUGGAUGAGCGAACCGUACUUUUGGACCCGACCAUUAAUUCUGUUAUGGACCCCAUGAAAUAA